GGAGGAGAUGCAAUUACUCUUUCUCAGUUGGAAACUUUCUGCCCAGAGGAUGGGAUGAUUCUUGCAAACACGACAUCUAUAGGAAUGCAUCCGAAAAUUGAAGAAACACCAAUACCAAAGCAUGCCCUAAGUGCUUAUGCACUGGUUUUUGAUGCCGUUUACACUCCAAAAAUGACAAGACUUUUGCUGGAAGCAAAAGAAUCGGGAGCUGCAGUUGUUACUGGGGUAGAUAUGUUCAUCGUCCAGGCAUAUGAACAAUAUGAAAGGUUCACUGGUUUGCCAGCGCCUAAGGAACUCUUCAAGGAAAUCGUGUCUAAAAUGUAAUUGUUAAGGUGAUCUGGUUGUUAGGCUCUCGUUCUCGUCUACAUCCUCCUAUUGAUAUCUUGUUGUUGUAUUUGGUAAUCUCAGAAAUAAAACAAACAUUUUUCUCUAGAGUUUCUAUAGCAAAUGAGCUUAUGUUCUGUUAACACAACAUUCAGGACAUCUCCAACGUGAC